GCCUCCUUCUUUGGCCAUGAGCGAGGUGCCCGGCAUUCGGCCGCCGCCUGCGGGACGCGGGAAAGGGGAGCGGCCGCAGCCGCAGCGAGGAUCCGCCGCCGGCAAGCGGGCGGGUGCUAUGGCCCAGGCCAAGAUCAGCGCCAAGGCCAGUGAGGCGGCGGCGCAGCAGCAGCAGCAGCAAUCCGGCGGGCAGCUCCGAGGCCGCUUUUACCGCUCCACAUCCAUGGCGGACCGCUCCAGCCGCCUCCUCGAGAACCUGGAUCAGCUGGAGCUCAGGGUAGAGGCUUUCCGUGACGCAGCAUCUGCUAUGGAACAAGAGAAAGAAAUCCUGCUGGAGAUGAUCCACAACAUCCAGAACAGCCAGGAUAUGAGGCACAUCAGUGAAGGUGAAAGAGAAGAACUCAAUUUGACUGCCAACCGUCUGAUGGGCCGAACCCUCACUGUGGAGGUUUCUGUAGAGACCAUCCGCAACGCCCAGCAGCAGGAGUCCCUCCAGCACGCCACCAAGAUGAUCGACGAGAUUGUCAAUAAACUUCUGGAUGAUUUGGAAGACGCCAAAAUCCGCUUAAUGUCGCUUUAUGGCGCGUGCACGUCGGACGUGCCGGCGGGACCCAUCGAUCAGAAAUUUCAGUCCGUGGUAAUCGGCUGUGCCAUCGAGGAUCAGAAGAAGAUCAAAAGGCGGCUAGAGACUCUGCUCAGAAACUUAGAGAAUUCGGAAAAGUCCAUCACGUUGUUGGAGCAUCAGAAAACCUCCGUUCGACAGUCUUGCAACAGCAAACAGGAUUAACCUCUCCUCCUGGCUACUCCUGGCAAACCGCAGGAUGAGCAAACCUCCCUGAAAAGCACACAGAAGCUAAGAAGAAAAAGAAAAAAACAAGUCUCUGUACAAGCACACGCGUGUAGGCGAACGCAGGCGCACCCAAGUGUCUCUGAUUGCGAGGUGCAAGCAUUUAGUGGGUUUUGGUAGCCUUGGCAUUUUCUUUCAGCAAUAAGGAACGCUGGCAGGAGUCCUCCUGUAGAGUCCAUCCUGCUCUAUUGCAAAUUGUAACCGUGCUUCUGCUGAACUCUCAGACACCCGCAAAAUCUUAAGCCUUUCCUCCAUUCUCCUGGGGUGUUGUUUUGUUUUUUUUUUUUAAACUAAAGCUGUUUUGUCAGGUAGUGAGAUUUCAGCUUUUCUCUGCUGUAUCCCUAGCGCGUGAACCAGGCCUUCUGGGGACAAAAGACAAAGCGUGGCAAUAAAAGGAAAACAUUAAUAAACCGCAUAUUUUCAUAAACAACACACUGUCCAACUCAUUACCAUUUUUAAUCACUUGGCACUAUUUGUAAGCAGAUCACGAUACUGGCAAGAAACAAGAUGGAUACCUUCAGGUCACGGCUGAGGACGUGGAGAGCAACCAGCCCAUCUGAAGGUGACAACCCAGGCUAGAAAGGAGCUCUCAGGAUGUCCCCUCCCAUGACCCACCCUGCCUCUCCCAGCUACCUGUAAGUUUGAGGUUGCUGUGUAUGCUUUUUUUUUCCAAAGAUCAUAUUAAUAAAGGGGAAUUGUAUUUUUUCA